GGCGGACCGGUCAGUGACUGCAGAACAAGCACUUGCCCUUAAAUUUGUAAGCAGUGCAGUCGCUCAAAUCGCUCAUUAUUAUAAGUAUUAUUUAGCACUAAGAGUAUAGCAGCGGCACCAUGUCUCUUGCGGCAGAGGCGUUCAUGUCGCAGAUGGCAGCUGCUGAGCCGUGGCCUGAAAAUGCAACCUUGUACCAGCCGCUAAAGGAGGAUCAGAUUCUGUUGUCAGACUGCGCCUCAUCUCUCGCUGUUCAGGCCUACCUCAGGAUGUGUGGCCUGCCCGUUCAGGUGGUCUGCAGAGUAAACGCUGAAUACAUGUCACCUUCUGGUAAAAUUCCCUUCAUCCACGUGGGCAACCAGGUGGUGUCAGAACUGGGGCCGAUUGUACAAUUUACCAAAGCGAAGGGUCAUUCUCUGAGUGAUGGCUUAGAUGAUGUUCAGAGAGCUGAAAUGAAAGCAUACAUGGAGCUGGUCAACAACAUGCUACUUACUGCUGAGUUGUACAUUCAGUGGUGUGAUGAUGCUACAGCCGCUGAGAUUUCUCGUCCCAGAUACAGCAGCCCAUACUCAUGGCCUCUCAAUAAAAUCCUCGCCUACCAGAAACAGUGGGAGGUGCGCAGGAAGAUGAACGCCAUCGGCUGGGGAGGGAAAACGCUGGAGCAGGUUUAUGAAGAUGUGAGUCAGUGCUGCCAGGCUCUCUCUCAGAGGCUGGGAACACAACCAUACUUCUUUAAUAAACAGCCUACAGAGCUGGACGCGUUGGUGUUUGGCCAUCUCUUCACUAUACUGACUACUAGACUGACCAGCACAGAGCUGGCGGAGAGAAUCAAGAGCUACAGCAACCUGCUGUCCUUCUGCAGACGUAUCGAACAGACCUACUUUGAGGACAAGAGCUCCUGAAGGACUGAAAGUGACGUCUUUGUCUCUGUAUCAACUCUUCUUGCACAUUCUGCCUUUCCUUCUCUCAUUCCCCUGAUUGUAACCCUAAGAAGCUAAAAACUGCUUAAAUUAG